AUGAGACAAAUCACCUACUUAUUGGUAAUAUACUUGUUUUUGUUGAAGCAACACACAGUAUGUUGUUUUUCGACGGUGAAGUGUUACAAGAUCACUAGAACUCCGUCUUCUUGUCAAACUGUCACCUACUCGCAAACACCAGCCAAUGAAGAUGUCGAAGAAACCACGGACGAAAUAACAUAUUUUUCACCAAAUCGACCAUUGAAGGAAGCACAAGGAGAUCUGAUGGAAGAUGGGCUAGAUAAUAUGGACAUGGAGACUGCAGUUGAGGCUAGUACAAACGAAUACUCCUUUUUUGAUGAAGCGACAGUUUAUGUCCGAGCUGGGAGUGGUGGUCAAGGAUCGUCCACAUUCAAGAAAGGAGUGGGGGGGCAAGACGGUCCUCCUGAUGGAGGCAACGGGGGAAAGGGGGGGGAUGUCAUUAUCACUGUUGACGCAUCCUUGAACACGUUGGCUGGAUUAACAAAUGCGUGGAGACCGAACUCAUUUGGAGGCAGUGGAGCAGCUGCAAGUUCCAGUUUUCGAGAGCAAAGAAAGAGCUUCCGUGCCGAGAAUGGAAUCGACGGAGCACGCCAAAUGAAGAAUGGUAGAUUUGGGAAAGAUGUCCAAAUUCGAGUUCCUCCAGGAACAGUGGUACACGAGCUGUUGGAGAAAGAUGAUGGAACUGAAACUCUCAUCGAGCUUGGGAGUCUGGUUCUGGACAAUCCAGAACUGCAAGUAGCUCUCGGUGGUGAAGGGGGGGAAGGCUCUGGGAUCAACAAAGGACGAGGUGUCAGACGGCCUCGAAUUUCACCGCAAGGCGGAGAAAGGAAAACCCUCAGACUCACCUUGAAGAUUGUUGCUGAUGUGGCUUUAGUGGGGGUUCCGAACGCUGGAAAGAGUACUUUGCUUUCUCAAACAACAAGAGCCCAGCCAAAAAUCUCUAACUAUCCUUUCACAACGAUUAUUCCAAAUCUUGGUGUUUGGAUUCCUUCAGAAUCCUCGUAUGGUGACAAUAGCAAGUACGCUGCUGAUGCACGGGAUGGUGCUGGAAGUGACGGUCUUGUACUAUGUGAUGUUCCGGGGCUGAUAUCUGGUGCGUCGAAAGGUGUUGGCCUCGGUCAUGCCUUUCUCCGCCAUGUCGAAAGAUGUCACGUUAUUCUUCACUUGAUUGACGCAACAUCUAAUGAUCCUGUUGCAGACUUCCAGAUGCUCAACCGCGAAUUAGUAAACUAUGGAACAGGCCAACUAGGUCGAAUGCCACAAGUUGUUGUGGUCAAUAAGCUGGAUGCAUUGGAAGGCCGAGGAGAGGAUUGGGAGACGGGAUUGAAAGCGAAAUUUUCACGCAACGAACUUGAAGAAAAAAUGAUAGAAGCAAUGAGCCAUACGCGUCUGAUGUGGAUGAGUGCCAAAGAGGGAGAAGGAGUGGAUGAGCUGAUGACAAGACUGGCUGCCUUUGUGAAGAAAGUGAAAAGUACUGAUUCAUGA